GCGGCCGCCGAGUGGCGGUGUGUGAGAGAGAGUUUGUGUGUACGAGACGGAGCGGGGUGUGAAUAUGGCGGACGGGGAGGCCGAAAGGGAGAGCGGCCUCAGCUCCGGUCCCGACGUCUCUACCGAACUCCCUCACCUGGAGAAAAGACUGCAAGAGCUAGAGAGCAACCUGCGAAUGGUAGGAGGAGCGGGAGAGGACGAGGCCUUGCAGGCAGCCAGCGACUACUGCCAGCGCUUCUGUCAGACUCUCCUUGAGUAUGCUGAAAAAUGGAAAGCUUCCGAAGAUUCUCUGCCCUUGCUGGAAGUGUACACUGUGGCCAUCCAAAGUUACUCCAACGCCAGACCAUACCUCACCUCGCAGUGUGAAAACGUCAGCUUAGUGCUUGAGCGGCUAGCUUUAAGCUGUGUUGAACUCCUCUUAUGUUUGCCCCAAGAGUUACCUAGUGAUCACUGGGGAAGAUUUCAAGGCGCUAUAAAGGCCGCACAUACAAGACUGACAGAAAAUGGCAGCCAUGAGCUUGUGCUCUUGUACAAUAUGUCUCAAGAAGAUGGCGUGUGGAGGGAUCCAGUUUUGGAUGCAAUUCUUAAUGACCAAAUGCAGGAUCCUUAUCAGGCCAAUGAGAUUUUUCAUUCUGAGGGCCCAUUACUACUGGAAAUGAGAAUUAAGCGUCUUCUGAAACUUGGUAGAGUGGCAGCAGCAACAUGUCUGGCAAAGAUCUGUUCAGACCACCAAGAAAUGAGCAAGAAAGGACACUUCAAACAGCUGUACCUGAAAUGUCUCUGUGCAGCCUCACCAAAUAUAAAGCUCAUAGAGGAGAUUGGCAAAGUAGAUUGCAAGGAUGCGUUGGAAAUGAUAUGCAAUCUGGAAUCUGAAGGGGAUGAAAAAACCUCACUUAUACUGUGUGCAGCCUUUCUAUCCCGCCAGCUCCAGUUUGGGGAAAUGUAUUGCGCCUGGGAAUUGACAUUGUUUUGGAGCAAGCUGCAGAGAAGAGUUGAACCGUCUAUACAAGUGUAUUUAGAAAUAUGUCGCCAGCUGUCUCAGUUAACGAAAACUGUGUAUCACAUCUUCUUUCUCAUCAAAGUUAUUCAGUCAGAGACUGAGGCUGCAGGACUUCCAACUUGUAUUGAACUAUGUGUACGGGCUCUUCGCUUAGAGUCAAGUGACAAUGCGAAAGUGAAAAUCUCCAUCUGCAAAACAAUCUCUUGUUUAUUGCCUGAUGAUCUGGAGGUCAAGAGAGCUUGCCAACUUACAGAAUUCCUUUUGGAGCCUACUGUGGAUGCAUACUAUGCUGUUGAGAUGCUCUAUAACCAACCAGACCAAAAAUAUGAUGAGGAAAGUCUUCCUGUACCAAACUCCUUGCGCUGUGAGUUGUUGCUGGUCUUGAAAACUCGAUGGCCAUUUGAUCCAGAGUUUUGGGACUGGAAAACUUUGAAACGACAGUGUCUGGCGUUAAUGGGAGAAGAGGCAUCUAUUGUUUCUUCAAUUGAUGAGUUAAAUGACAAUGAGGCAUAUGAUCAACUAGAUGAUUUCCAAGAAUUGACUAAAGACGCUACAGAAAAUGGACUUGAUUGCUUUACUGACCCCUCUCCUGCCCCUGAGGUCUUUGAACAAAAGAAGAAAAAGAAACGUAUUAAGAAAUUGCAAGGCGGAGGAUCCAUAUCUGCAAGAUUUAGAAACUGGCAAGCUUAUAUGCAGUAUUGUGUGUUGUGUGACAAAGAGUUCCUGGGUCACCGAAUAAUUCGACAUGCUCAAAAACACUGCAUAGAAGGCAUCUAUAGUUGUCCAAUCUGUGCAAAACAAUAUACCACUAAAGAAACCUUUAUCCCUCAUGUCACAUUACAUGUUAAACAAUCUUGCAAAGAGAGACUUGAAACUAUGCAGCCUCACAAGAAAUUGGAAAACUUGCCCAAAAAACCACAGACUUGUAAGAAUAAGAAACCUGUGACUGUUAAGAAACAAGAGCGACAAGUUAAGAAAAACACCCUCUACUCUGAUGACUUCAUAGUUUUUAAUGACAAUGACAACUCUGAUGAAAAUGAUGGCAAAGAUAAUCAGUCUGAGAAUCGGCAAGCAGACAAGACAGCCCCAGUUAAUGAGUUCCCUUGUCCUGUACAGUUCUGCAACAAAGGGUUCAAGUAUUUCAAAAAUUUAAUUGCACAUGUAAAGGGGCAUAAAGACAGCGAAGAAGCUGCACGUUUCCUUGAGAUACAAAGCAAGAAGGUAGUUUGCCAGUAUUGCCGUAGGCAGUUUGUCAGUUUAACUCAUUUAAAUGACCAUUUACAAAUGCACUGUGGAAGUCAACCAUAUAUUUGUAUACAGAUGAAGUGCAAGGCAAGCUUUGACACUUAUGCAGAUUUGCUAACACACAGAAAGGCGCAUCGGGAAUUCAGAGCAAAGUGUAUGUUUCCAAAGUGCGGAAGAAUAUUCUCUGCUGCUUACAUGCUUUUUGACCACGAAGCACAACACUACAACACUUUCACCUGCAAAGUCCCUGGCUGUGGAAAAGUAUAUCAUUCCGAACUUCAAUUACAACAGCACUUAACUGAGCAUUCAUCAAGUUCUCCAGUGCCAGAGUUGGAUAAGUCUGGGAAUCUGCCUAAAAUGACAAAAACAGUUGCUGGUAGUAAGUGUGUGAGUGUCAAAGGAAAAUCACUACAAAAGUCUAAUGCAAACAGAAAUUUGACUGCACCAUCUCCUCAUUCGUCAGAUGUUCCCAGUUCUACCAAGGCUAAAGAUCCUCGUAUGCCUGGUGUAUCCUUGCUAGACCAGAAAGCUGAUCCAGUGAGUUCCAGUGAACUAGAGAAUUCUAUGCAUAUGCUCGAUCAACUACUUCCAUCUUCAAGUGAGGUGCUCCCUAAUUCAGAUUUGUUAAGUCAGGUUUUACCAACCAACCCCGUGACUCAGAAUACUUUACCUAAAGCAGACAUGUUGGUUCAUUCUACUUUCCAAGCAGAAUCUAGAGAUGUUAAAUUGCCAUCCCUUGUUGAAGGAUUUCACACCCUUUUGAGUGAAAAUAAACUACUCACCAGUGCAGAUCCUGCAGAAGAGGCACAAACAAUAUUAAAUUCUGGUCUGGAAGAACAGUGCCUUUCAUUGUUUCACAAUGCAAAAAAUAGCAACCAAAUUCAGCCAAGUAAAUCUCAAUCUAAUGCUGUAAAUUCUACUGAAAGCAAGGUGGAAGGAGAUCAGCAGAUAAGUAACUUAAUGCCAUUUAAUGUUGCUAACCAAACUGCCCAGCUGUGUGAAAAUAAUCUAGUUAUGUCUGGUUAUGGAAACAGUGUAAAGACAGAAAACCUUAUGCCGCUGUCACUUGAAACAAGUAAUGCACUCUCAAAUGUGUUACCUCCUGUCAGUGAUGCCACAGUGACCCCAGUACCGCCAGCUCCAACUGAAAGGUUCAAAUGCAAUGUAGAGGGAUGCACACGAAUAUAUAACUCGGUUCAGAGCAUUGGCAAACACAUGAAAGGUACUCACCCUGAACAUUAUAUUGCUUUUAAAACAGAGCGCAAGAACAGAAAGAAACAAAAACCUACGCUGUCUGAUGAAAAACCUACUUAUUGUAUACUUUUAGGGCCAGGAGGUCAAAAUAAUUCUAGUUUUCAGUCACCUCUGCAUGUCAACCCAAGUUUCUGUAACCAAUUGCAACAUCUACCAAACCCUGUCUUCCCUACACAUCUUGGAAACCUAGUGAAUCCUUUGAGUCCUGUAGAAACUGAUAUGUCCCAAGGAAUACCUAAAAAUGUGUCAGAAACACUCUUAGGACCUGAAGUUGGAAAUCUGAGCAAUUCCAACUUGACAUCACAGAUAGAUGAUUUAGCAAAAGUUUUACCUAUGAAAUUUGAAAAUGGUUCAGACCCAUUUCUUCCAAUGCCAACAGAAAACGAUCCCCUCCCUGUCAUGUCAUCUUUGAGUGGAAAUUCCAUGUUCUCUCAACUUGGAGGCAGUUCAGAUCAUGUUCUGGCUGCCAGUGAGGCUAAUAACUUUUUGAAAGAAGAUGCUGAUCCUGAAACAUUUUCCAAACAGGUUGAUGGAACUGAUAUGGAUGCUAGUUUUAAUCUGGAUAAAUCGUCUACCAUGCUCUCAAAUUCUGCAGAUAAAAAGAAUGGUGCUGAAAGGACAAACAAAAAUAAAGAUCGAAGAUCAAAGCAUAGUCCUCGUGCGAAGUGCCCUGCAAUUAUUAGAGAUGGCAAGUUUAUCUGCAGCAGAUGUUUUAGAGUGUUUGAUAAUCCACGUUCUUUAGGUGGCCAUUUAUCUAAAAGGGCUGUGUGUAAGCCCCAUGGUGAUUAUGACCUUUCUCCAGUGGUUUCACAGAAAGACAGCCAACCCUCUAUGUUAGCAAGUAUGAUUCUUUCAUCUAGUCCAGAGAAAAAAGCACAGUCUCCUUCACAGAGUUUUAGCCCUGAAAUGACAGUUAAAGAUGAGCCCUUUUUGUCACCUAUUCAGUCUGACAAUGAGAGCACCCGGUAUUUGCACAGUGGAUUUAUACAUCCUAACAUAUCUGGCUAUUCACCCUCUGAGAACAAAAUUAGUAGUCCUGUUAAGCAUAGCUUUGAAACCUCUGAAAAUUUAAGCACCAAAACAUUGCCUCCCAACAUAAAUUCAGAUGAAUGCAUUACUGCUAGUCAUCAGAUGAACAUGGCUGAAUCAUCAACUGCUGUCCCCACACGGGUCUUACAGACUAGCUGUAGCAUUGAGGGUGGGCACAGUCUAGAAAACGUUGCUAUGAAUAACUGUGCUAGCAGAUCUAAACUUUCUAAAGUGGAACAAAUUAAAUCGGGCAAUGUCAUUUGUCCUGAUGUAGAGGCUAAUUCAUUUGAGGGAAACAAUUGCAUAUCAACACCAGUAAGCAGCACCAGAGUUUCUGUCAUUAGUGGACCUCAGAGUUCUGUAUCCACCACCAAAAAAAGGAGUAACAGUUCCAAAAGGAAGAAAAAAACAGAGCCUCCUGUUGCAGUAGAGGCUUCACAUGAACUAGCCAAAAAUAUUUUGGCAGCUGUGGGAGGAAACCUACAAAUGUCUACCGAUAUGCAACCAAACUUUAUGGCAUAUGGUUCUGAUUUAUUGGAAAACCUUGCAAAACAUUUGAGCAGUGCUGACAAAGAACUGUUUAUGGCUUGCAUCAAUGAAAGCCUUAAGGCUAGCUCAGAAACACAUGCAUUAUGCCAGCUUGCAGGAAAGCAAGAAAAAAAUGACACACUGCAAUACCCUGCAGUCACUUCUGAUCAUAAAGAAGUUGAAAAUCUAAACGUCCACAUGGACUUUAGGGAAAAGACAUUUGAACCUAUUCCUUCUGACCCCACUGAUGUUUAUGCUGUUAAUGGUAACUUUCAGAAUAUUGGCUCUACUUUGCCACAAAGUCAGUCUAGUGUGUCUAGCAGUAUGGAUGAUGAUAUAACUGGUGUCACACAUAGCAUACAUACAUCUACCAACACUGUUGCCAGUCCUAUUAGCAAAAUGAAUAUACCAAUCUGCUCAGUGUCACCUACCCAGGAAACUAGUGUUAAGUAUGAUGAGCAAGUGUUGGAGAUCAUGGACUUGGUACAGAAGCUUCAGAUUGUAGAUAAUGUGAUUUGUGAAGGAGUAGUAACAGAAGAGAAGUGUCCGCCUCUUGAAAAGUUACCCAUAAUGUCUAGUGUAAUAGUUCCAAAUCCAAGUGUAAGUGUAGUACCUGAACAAACACCUGAUGCACCUUCACAGUUAGGUGAUAAGUACAAUGAUAAACCUUUUAUUUGUCAAGAGGAGGGCUGUGCCUAUUGCGCAAUGACUAAAGAUGCUUUGUUCAAGCAUUAUACUAAAGUACAUUAUUACACAGAAGAAAAACUAGGAGAGAUAAAGAAACAUCAGCUUAAGUUUGCUCCCUUCAGAUGUGUUGUACCUUCAUGUCCAAAAACAUUCACCAGAAAUUCAAACCUACGUGCUCACUGUAUGUCCAUGCAUCAUUUCACCUCUGAACAAAUGGUACAGUUAAAAAUAAAAAGGCCUUAUGGUAAAAAAUCUGCUAGUGAAAGCACUGAACUUCCCCCAGAAAUGCCAAGUGGAAGUCCAGAAAUAAAAAAGAUGGUUGAACCUUUUGAAAUUGCUUUAGGAAUGACAAAAGCUGAAUCUAUGAACCAGAACACAGAGGUGUGCCAAGAAGUACCCACAGCGCAAGCAACAGAAGCCCCCCAGGUUGAAGAAAUUAAAAAAGAGCCUUCUGAUUUGCCUUCUGUAGAGUCAAAUUCUCUUACAGUUGAUCAAAAAAGCAAAAAAAGACGGAGAAAGCCAAAAGAAAAAGAACAAAGGCUUAAAAAAGCAAUAGAAAAAGAUGCCAAACUAAUCCAAGGUGGGUCUAAAACAUAUAAACCCUAUAAGUGUGUCCACGAGGGUUGCCCAGCAGCGUUUACAAUUCAACAGAACCUAAUGCUUCAUUAUCAAGCUUUUCACAAGUCAGAUAACUCUAAGUUCUCUCUGGAAGAUGACCUAAAAGAGGAUAGCAAUGGACCAAUUAUCAAAGAGUUCAGGUGUACAGAGAUUGACUGCUCUCGAAUAUUUUCCAGUUUUGCAAGUUUGAUACAACAUUAUGUGAAGCUUCAUGAGAUGAUUGCAGAAGAAAUUGAAAAUGUGAUCUCCACCAGUAAUAUUGGACAGUUUAAUUGUGAUCAAAGCCAAUGUGCAGCUACUUUUACCACUUGCUCACAAUACAUUGAACACCUCGAGGAAGUCCAUGACUUAAAAAUUAAACUUUCUAAAGUGGAAGGAGAAGAAAUGUAUAAGUGUGAUUGUGAAGGCUGUGACCGUGUUUAUGCCACUAGGUCUAAUUUGCUUCGGCAUAUCUUUCUCAAGCACAAAGAUAAACACAAGGAGCAUUUGAUCAGGCCCAGGAAAAUUAGUGUACAUGAUCAAGACACUAGUGAUGACAAGCUACCUAAAGAAAAACCCAAAGUACCCAAACAAAAGUGUGAAAACGAUGAUGGUCCUAAAGCAAAAAAAAGUAAAGUCCGCAAUGGAGAAAAAGAUCCUAAAAGCAAAACUGGCCCAUCAACUCUUAAAUAUGGCAGACAUACAUACUCCUUGAAGGAUAAAGAAGCUGCAUUAGCAGAAUGCCAAAACUCUCACACAAAGCAGUAUCCUUGCAUGAUCCGUGGUUGUACAUCUAUUGUUGCCACUGAACAUAAUAUGAUUAGACAUUACAAGUCUCACAAACUAUCUAGGCCUUUUGUUGCAAAGCACAAAAAAGCACUAAUUGUAUGCAAAAGGAUUGGACGGGCAAAAGCUAAAGCAGUGUCUCAGACACCCAAAUUAGAGUCUGCAGAAGACCUUGAAAAGCCAGAGGUUAAUAAGGAUCCCAGUGACACAACAUUGCCUCAACAAAAGCAAGCAACUCCCAGUUUACUUGAAAGCAGUGAUGAAUCCUCAAUUUCAACUUCCCAACAGAGUGAAACUGAAAAGGAUGAGAUGGACGAAUUAACUGAACUUUUUAUAUCAAAACUAAGCAAUGAGGAUAACACCAGCUCAGAUAGUCAAACAAGGACUUCACCCAUUGCAGGCAGUGACUUCCAGGAAUCAAGUUCUUGUCAGUCUGAGCCCCAGAGGCCUGUAAAUGUUGUAAAACGAACCAAUAAGCAAAAGCAUGGGACUCCUAAUCGGAAAAGAAAAUCUGAUGAGCACGAUGAAAUUCUAGCUGCUGAAACUAACAGCAUGCUUAGCGGUGAGGACAUAUUAGUUUCUGAUAGUUGUGAUGAGACACCCGCAUUUGAUUUAAGUUCUUUCAAGCCAAUGGGAUUUGAAGUGUCAUUCCUAAAGUUUCUAGAAGAGUCUGUUGUCAAAGAAAAGAAACCUGUAGAAAAUGAUCAUUGUAAGACUGACACACAGGCAGCACCACAGCCAACUGAAAAGAGACCAAGUCUUUCUGUUGAUGAGGACUUUGACAGCGAUAUAUACUUGCUCUUUUCUAACCCAUCACAUUUACCCAACAUGGACAAUGUAAAAAUAGUUUUACAUGAGGCAUUCAAUGAUUACAUUGAGCUUGUGCUUAAGCAGCUAAAUGAACUGAAACCUGUUGUGGUUCUAAAACGUGACAUUUGCUGCAGUGAACUUCCUAAUGUUGCAAAGGAACAAACUAUAGACUAAGAUGGUAAAGUCACAUUAUAGAAUGGUCCUAGUAUAUUCAAAGCCUGUACAUUUAUUGUGAACUAGAAGCUAUCACGCAUGCCAAUAAAUGUAUUUUUAUUAGGGUUUUUUGUGAAAGUGACAGGCCAAAAAAGAAAAAAAAAUGUCAUGGCUAAAGUCAUGCAAUGUUUUUAUUCCAUGUUAUCCCUAUGGGACUAAAGGAAAGGCAUUUUAUUAAGUUAUGUAAAUAUUGUUCCAAACCCUCUUUAUUUCUAUUGAUAAAUUGUCAUUUCCGUAAAAUUAACAAUUUGUGUAUUUUGCGUGAAAUUUGAUUUACUUGCCAGGUUCACUGCUCAUGUUUUACAGGAUAUUUGUAUAUAUUUUUUUUUUUGGGAGGGGGUGGGGGGGUUCAGUUUUUUUUCUUUCCUUUUUGUAAAUAUCAAUGUAACACAUUGCUGCCUAAGUCUAAACUAUUAAAUUACACAUUUAUAUUCGGAUUUUAAUUUGUUAAUCUAGCGAUCACAUUUUUUAAAGAAAAUUUGUAUUGAAAUUAUUUUGGGUUGCACAUUUUAUGUAAUUACUUAAACAGAGCAUCUAUUGAAAGUUUUUAAUAUGUAAAUACUUGAAAACUUUGUUGCAUUACACGUGUACAAUGCUUAUUGCUGCAAACCAGUCUGACCAUAUGGUUGACACAUGUACAAUCAAUACAGUAGAAAUUAUGAUUCUUUUUUCCUUCAGAUAGAGAUGGAUUUUAUGGGUGCUGUUUUACUAUUAGAUGUUUUUACAUUUGGCAAAAUGCUGUGCAAAAGAUCAGCAGUAUCCCUUUGGGUCUGAAUAAAAUUGCACUCAUUUAUCCCGCUUCCACCUCAUCAUGUAACAGUCUGUCCAGUUUUGCAGUACAUCGUUAUAAGUGCAAGGUUGAUAAAAUUCAAUUUUAAUUAGUUUUA